CCCCAGUCUCAAACCGGUUGCACGCGAUCAUUGACCGUUCCUAACUUACGAGGUCAAAUUCCCGUAUUCCGUACCGCGCCAUCUUUGGAAUCCCAUCAACGCUGCUCGUACAUACAUACAUACGUGCGAAAGUCACUUUUGCCUCUUUACGACUACAGCUCGACGGCCUUCAACAGCUUGCCUCUCGUUACUGUCGCUCUUUUGGAACAACACAACCCUCGUUGUCGAUCCUACAUUUGCCGUUUCAUUCGCGUUUGAGACUGAGUGCAAGCAAUCUAGCACAUCCCAACGUCAUCGAUCCCAAGGAAAUUCUGUUGGGCCUCGGUCGGAUUUGGACUUGGCUAGACGUCGACCACCAAGCCCAGCAACGACCAUAAUGUCGCCCGCAGCAGUUCACAACAAGGUCACUCCUCCUUAUCAGAGGCCAGACCUAUAUAUCUAUGGCACUGGAGUCGAAUACCCUCCAUACGAAAUCAAACCUGAGAACCUGGAAACUCUUGCGAGGCGGUUCUAUCCCAAGACCCCGGCGCUCGACAAGGUGCUGACAAUCAACGAGUACACCGGGAUUGACUCUCGUUCCGCCAUUGGUACCAUCGACCACCCCAUUGCCAAUGCGCCCGAAGCUCCAACAAUCGCUGAAUUGUGCGAUGUCUUCCUUGAUCACGGCGUGAAGCUGUCCGUAGCAGCUUGUCGUAAGGCUUUGGAACAAUGGGGUGGCGAUUUGUCCGAGAUCACUCACGUUGUUGCCACCACAUGCACGAAUUCCGCAAAUCCUGGCUAUGACCAUUAUGUCGUCAAACAGCUUGGUCUCAACCAAAGCAUAGAAAAGGUGCUGUUGCAUGGUAUCGGAUGCUCUGGUGGCUUGAAUGCUUUGAGGACGGCGGCGAACAUCGCUCUCGGUUCAAGCUUCCGGCGAAAACCCGCCCGAGUAUUGGUCCUCGCCUGUGAGAUCUCUAGUACUCUUGUUCGAUCUGAGCUGGACUCAAUACACAAGAACCAAGAAGUCAGAAUAGGUGUCACCUUGUUCAGUGAUUGCGCAUCAGCUGUAGUGCUGGGCAAUGGGUUCAGUGACCGGUACGAUGAAGAACCUUUGUUGGAGCUUCUAGGCUGGGAUCACAGAAUCAUUGAAGAUACGGAGAAAGACCUAGGAUUCGAUGUUGACCCUCUCGGCUGGAAAGUCGUGCUGACCCCACGGGUUCCCAAGUUGGCCGCGGCAGCCGUGCCAGCCAUGUAUGAGGACUUGGUCUCGUCAAUACCGGAGCUUGUUGACCUAGGGAAAUUUAAAGCUUCGGAUUAUGAUUGGGCCCUCCAUCCAGGUGGUGCGACUGUCCUCAGCGGCGUCGAAAGGGCGAUGAAGCUGAAACCUGAGCUGCUUCGGGCAAGUUAUGAAGUCUACAUCACCCACGGCAACAGCUCAAGUGCGACCUUUUUCAGCGUGCUGAACCGAUUGCUGCAAGGAGAAACAACGGAGCACAUCAUCGGCUGUGCUUUCGGGCCUGGUAUAGCUGUCGAGAUGAUGGUGUUCAAGCGCAGCAACCAAGUCUCCGAGGCAGGCACUGUGAGUCCGACGGAGACUUUGGUCGCUGAAGAUGUCGACUGAGGUACGGGAGGAACACUCGUA